AUGGCGGACCCCAAAUACGCUGAUCUCCCUGGCAUUGGCAGAAAUGAACCAGAUGUUUAUGAGACCAGCGACCUCCCUGAGGACGACCAAGCAGAAUUUGAUUCGGAGCUGGAGGAGCUUACAAGUACAAGUGUGGAACACACCACUGUCAACCCAAAUGCUGCCUAUGACAAGUUCAAAGACAAAAGAGUGGGAACCAAGGGACUUGACUUUUUGGAUCAUAUUGGGAAAACCAAAAGGACAGGAUGUGAAUCUGGAGAGUUUUAAAUGCUUGGAGAGGGACUGGGGCAGAAGGAGACACCCCAACAGAAGUACCAAAGACUGUUGCAUGAGGUUCAAGAAUUAAUGACUGAGGUGGAGAAGAUAAAGACAACAGUGAAGCAGUCAGCCGCUGAGGAGAAGCUGACCCCCGUGAUGUUGGCCAAACAUCUGGCCGUCCUGAAACAGCAGCUCAUUGCCUCCCACCUAGAGAAGCUGCUGGGACCUGAUGCUGCCAUCAACCUCACUGACCCUGACGGAGCCCUGGCCAACCGUCUACUAGUGCAACUGGAGGCAGCUAAGAGCAACAAAGGGAAUGGGACAGGGGGCAAGGACAGUGCCGGGCCCUCCCCUGACAGCAGCCUGGUUACUUAUGAGCUUCACUCUCCGCCUGAGCAAGACAAGUUCUCCCAGGCCGCCAAGGUUGCAGACCUUGAGAAACGGCUGUCAGAGCUGGAGGCAACAGUGCACUGUGACCAGGACCCUCAGAAUCCCUUGUCUUCGGGUCUGCAGGGAUCUUGCCUGAUGGAAACAGUGGAGCUGUUGCAGGCAAAGGUGAGCACCCUGGACCUUGCUGCUUUGGAUCAGGUAGAAGCAUGCCUACAGAGUGUCCUGAGGAAAGUGAAUGAGAUUGCUAAACACAAAGCUGCUGUGGAAGAUGCAGACACACAAAGCAAGGUACAUCAGUUGUAUGAGACAGUUCAGUGCUGGAGUCCCAUUGCUGCUACCCUUCCAGAACUAGUACAACGACUUGUUACCAUCAAGCAGCUGCAUGAGCAAGCUAUGCAGUUUGGUCAGCUCCUGACACAUCUGGAUACCACCCAACAGAUGAUCACUGGUUCUCUCAAGGACAACGCUGCCUUACUGGCUCAGGUGCAGGCUACCAUGCAUGAGAACCUGGUCACAGUGGAGGGAAACUUUGCCAGGAUCAACACACGAAUGAAGAAACUAGGAAAGUGAGCAGAAGUGGAGGGGCAGU